AUGAGAACAAUCUCCCUAGCCGUUCUCGGCAUGCUACUCACCUCCUCAGUGUAAUCUACCAAUAUUGGUUACAAGCAACUAGGUCAAUUCUCUCACCCUUCACCAGCUUUCGUCAAAGUUGCUAAGUUCCCAGGACAAAAGGACUCUCUCCUCAUCUCAGAGUUCUCCGUCUUCGGAAAGGGUAAAGUUGCUGUCAUUUCUGACAUUGGUGACAAGAUCCAGAGUGGAAAUUUCGCUGACAUUCAUUCAUCAGUUCUCUCAGAUAAAUUCACAUGGCCAAACAACGUGGAUGUCGUCCCAGCUGAAGUAUUCGGCUAAGACGUGAAUGCUGUUGUUGUUCCUGAUGGAUUCCUCGUACCUUUCCACAGCAACGGAGAGAUCUAUGUUAUCACAACUAACACAAGCAACGUUGAGCAAGCUGAGCAAGUUUACCAACUAACUACUUAGAAAUCAGGCUAUUUCUAUCACACUGGAAAGUGGGUAGAUUUGAAUGGGGAUGGCAGACUCGAUUUUGUCACUGCUAGAUCAAAUGCCAAAGCCAACCAAGGAGAACUCAUCUGGCUCGAGCAUCCAGAGCAAGGUCUCCAACAGACCCCAUGGACUGAGCACUUGAUCACUUCAGGUCCAGAUGUUAUUUUCGAGCUUCACGAGCUACCUUAAUACCCAAAUUCUUACAUCAUCUUCUCAGCUGAGUUCUUUUCACACAAACUCCAAGUCUAUUAAAUUAGCAAAAAUGGAGGUGAAGUAAUCAACAAGGCCCUCAUUGAUGGUACUCUUGAUCAAGUCUACUCUGUGCAGCUUCUUGACAUUAACAAUGAUGGUAAACAAGAACUUCUUGUAAACAAUCAUGAGACUGACAGUUCAAAGGCUGGAGUAUUUGUAUUCAACGUACCCCAAGAUUUAUUCAAUAGCAAUUUCACAAGAAAGACAAUUGCCACUGGAUUCAAGAAUGCCUUCUCAUUCACUGUACCAAAUAUGUGCCCAGGCUUCCCAUACGCUGUUUACCCAUAAACCAAUAAUAAGCAUGGCAGACCUCACAUUUUGAUUGCUGGAGAUGGAGACUACUCAGCUCACCUUCUCACACCAACAACUGAUGAUACCAUGUAUCAAAUGAGUCUCAUUAAGAAUCUCGGAGGUACUGUUGGUUCUAUUACCUUUGGCGACUCUAACAACAAUGGAUGGUUAGAGUUUUACGUCCCCAAUUACGACAAGGGUUACAUUGAGGUCUACGAAUUUUAUGAAAUCACUGAGUCAUCUGGUUUCCUCACUGAAUGA